AAUUUCAAACAUUAUUCAACCAUUGGGCCAAAAUCGACCGUUGCCAGUCGUGGCCGUGGAAAGCAAUUUCUCCCAACGGCCACUUUAUUCACCGUCGAACUCCGUCUCUUGUUCUCUUGUUCUUUCGUUCCUGUUCUGUGGAUCGGAAUGGGAAAGAACGAUACUUCACAAGCUUCGAUUGAACGGCGAAAUUGGGGCAAAAUCUUCAAUGGUCUUACACAAAUGCUGCGGAUGCAACAAAAUCAGCUCGAAACACUCGUCGGCGAGCGAAAACUUCUCGAAGACCGCGUUAAAAUGCAGCACGAACGAUGGGUCGCUGAUUUUCGUCUUUACGAGGACCAUAUCUCUCAGAUGAAGGAUGAGUUGUUAUUGCAAGAUAUGGAACGCUCACUUCAAGCUUCGAAAUCAGAUCUGCUCACUGGAAUGAAGCAGACGGAGCUCUAUCUCUACCGAUUGAAAAUAGAACAUUCAGAAGCUGAGUUGGAAGAUUUCAAAUCCUUCUUUGACGAUCUCAUCUCUCAUAAAAACUCCAAUCUACAAGAAUCUUCUUUGAUAAGUGCAUCAGAACCAACUGAGGCAAAUGGUGGAAGAGAAUGUGUUUUGUCCACAUUUGGAAAUACAGAGGAAGUGAGACGUUCUACUAAGCUAUUGGAAGGUGAAGUAAGGAGGUUAAGGUGCGAGUAUGAAAAACUUGCCUCAGAAAAGAGUUUGGAGGUGUCUGCACUGGUGGCCGAGAAGAAAUUUGUAUGGAACCAGUAUAAUGUUAUAGAGAAUGAUUUCUCAAGUAAAUUGAAGAGUAAGCAGUCAGAGCUUGAACGUGCACACCUAAAGAUAGAGAAACUUCUAGCCACAUUGGAACAGUUACAAAAUUCAAACAAUGAGAAGGAUGGUGUUAUUGCAACGUUAAGAAACCAAGUGGGGAAUAUGGAAACAGAAUCAUGUAAAUUAAAAGACGAAAUUUCCAGACUCUCACAUGACUUAGAAGUGCAAAGGAAGUCUUUGAAUGCAACUGCCACACCUGUGCUGAACCCAUGCAAGGCAGGAAGUAGGCCAUCUAGAUUGGGAGGCAAAAAUGGCACGAAGAACAGAAGUAAUGUCACUGUCAACAAAUGCACAUCUUCUGCACAACCUUCUCAUUCGGGAAACCAAAAGAAGAGAGGCGCUGAUGAUAUUUCAGAUCCAGGAACUCCAAGGUUUCACAUCGGUGCUGGACAGUUAAGACGGAGGUGACCACUUGGACCUAUAGUAAGGACGGUUCCACAGCAAUAUCAGCAGCAGAAACAGCAACACCGCCACGCCCCAAGGUGAGGUCCUCUCGGCCUCCUGAGCCGACCUAUUCUUAGUUCUCAUGACAGUAGAACCAACUGUACCAGACACAGCAACAGAAUUUGCAACAAAGAUCAACAAAAAUGGCAAAGCCAAAAGCAAUAGCUUGAAGUCGAACACCAUCUGCUGAGACUGAAAAGAAAGCAAAAGAACGACGACACCGAGAAAUGCAACCAGCGGCAUGGGCGGGAGAGACAUGGAAGCCAUUUUUCUCUCAGCCCAUCCAUGCUUCCAUUCAGGACCUCUUUCCUCCACCACCCAACUCAUGGUCUUUUCAGGUUAGAAGCUUUUGUUUUACUGUUUGGUGUAACGAUCUGCAAAAUAGACACAGAAUCUGAUAGACGCAAAUGGUGAAUGUGGGAGAGGGAAGACUUGGUUUUUCUUUUUCUUAUAAGUAAACUCCCAACCGACCUUCCCCUAACCACAGGGUUGUUCUUGUAAGAUUUGAUCUCAUCUGUUUCAGAUAGCAAUGGAUAAAUAAGAAUAUAACGCGGCUGUUAGGUCUGUUUUUGGUUUGUUGUUUAGCAUUCAGAAAUAGACACAUGGAAGCCAUGCAAUGGACUUGACAAAAUCCCGGAGGAUGGUCAUGUGUAGUUAUUUGUAAAGAUAUUGUUUCUAAUUUUUCUAAGGAAAUAUAUUGUUCAUUUCUUUGCAAA